AUGACCUCAACUUCAACGAACAAAACUUUUUCACUAUCAUCAUGCGAUUGGAUAGGUUUUGAUUUAGAUCAUACAUUGAUUCGUUAUCGAUUACUCGAACUACAUACAUUAAUUUAUGAAUCACUUCGUCAAUAUAUUAUCGAUACAUAUCAAUACAAUUCCCAUCUACUUAAGAUUCCAUACGAUAAUGAUUUUGGUGUUAAAGCUUUAAUUUAUGAUAGUUCAUAUGGAAAUUUAAUUCAAUUAGAUUCAAAUGGUUUAGUUCAUACAGCAUUACAUGGUGUUAAUACACGUUUAUCCUUCGAAAAUAUAAAAGAAAUUUAUCCAAAUGCUUUACAAGAUAUCGAAGAAGAUAAAACUAAACGAUUUCUAUGUAUUUUUACGUAUUUUGAACAUUGUGUAUCGUAUUUAAUAGCAAAUAUUGUUGAUUUAAUUGAUAAAGAAAAUUUAUAUGAAAAAUGUUCAAAUCAUAAAAUCGAUCCGGAGAAAAAAUAUAAUUUCUUUCUCAUUGAUCUUUUGAGUGGAUUUGAAUAUUUAUUUAAUGAUUUUCAACGUGGAAAUUAUUUUUCAUCAAUACGUGAAAAUCCAAAUAAAUUUAUUUAUAAACGUUUGGAUGUUCGACAAUGGUUAGAAAAGUUGAAAAAAUCGAACAAAAAAUUAUUUUUAGCAACAAAUUCGCGUUUCGAUUAUACAAAUCUAUUAGCAAGUUAUGCAUUUGGUGAUGAUUGGCAAAAUUUAUUUGAUUUGAUUAUUGUUGAUUGUAAGAAGCCUUCAUUUUUUAAUGAUUUAAAUAAGAGAUCAUUUCAUCGAUUUAUCGAUGAAGAUAACAUUCUUCCAGUUACUAUUGAUGAAAUAGUUAAAGAUUUUAAUCAAAAUUACAUUUAUUCAUUGGGUAAUAGUGAAGAUUUACAAAUAAUUAUGAGUCAAAUAAGUAAACAAGAGCCGAUUGUCAUCUAUUUUGGAGAUCAUAUAAAAUCCGAUAUAAAUUCAUUAAAACGUUAUACAAAUUGGCUGGCGGGAGUAAUUAUUGAAGAACUUGAAUUUGAUUCACCGCCAACAAUUGUUCAUACAACUAAACAUCAUUUAAUAAAUCAAUCAUUAACAAAGGAUGAAUCGUAUAUUAGAGGGAGUAAAUCUAAAUAUUUCUCCAGUUUUUUUAGUUCUCCAUCAGAUUCAAUUAUUUUCAACGAUGAUGAUGAUGGUGAUGAUAAUAUAAAUCGAAGAAAACUCGAACAAACUGAACCUGAUGUUGCAUUACCAUCUUUAUCAUCUUAUUGGUAUACUUAUAUUACUAAAUAUGCACAUUUGAGUUUAAGUUGUUUAAGUGUAUUAGCAACUCAAGUUGACUUAGAUCAUCAAUUUCAACAUGAUGAAAAGACGCAGCAUUUUGUUCUGCUAUCGAAAAAAUGA